AAACGAUUGGCAAAUUGUCACACAGAAUGUCAUAUAUGUCAAAAAUAACCCUGCUGUAUCAAAGACUGGCAACGAAGUUGUAGAUCGACUUGAUACCACAAGACAGAAGUCACGCGACCCCAGUCUAUUGCAAGUGGCCCGGUGUUUGUCUGUUGUGGAUUUUUGGAUAAUUUUGGAAGUCCAAUACAAUUGGACUGAAUCAAAUUAGUUACGAGCAGGUAUCUGGAUACAUUUGGGCUUUUUAUGUAGUGAGCAUGCAUUAACGGGUGUGGGUGGGAAUGUUCACCGUGGGUCUCCAGUGAGUUAUUUACAGCAAUGACGUGAGAAAGGAUGUCAGUUUCCAUAGCACGCAGACCGUCCACGCUAUCUGGCGGGAGUCAACGCCGCCAGUCGUCUGCUCAGUUCGAAAGUCAGCGGGAGGAGCUCAAAAGGCGCCAGUCCGUCAAAUAUCAGUUUCCAGCCUUCAUGUUCAGUGAGGAGGAAGAAGCUGCUCUCUUCAGCGAGAAUAAUGUAAAAGAAGAAGAUAUUCGAAGGGAAGUCUUCGGUCCUCCUCUGGAAGAAACUACAAUGACGUACAUAGACUCUACUGUAACUAGACCGACAACAGCAAGUGCACGGAAGUCAGUGCUGUGGUCACGUGAGAGGAAAACCUACGAAGAACAGCAUUCUAAAACAAUGAGGGAAUUCAAAACAAGACCAUAUAUGCAUCACAAAUACCCGGAGCUCAAGAAACAUUAUCCGGGUACCUGGAGGGUCGUGAGUGCGCAUGAACUAGGUAGUAUUGUUGACAGACUGAGUAGACCGACCGUUUGCAGUAACAACCGGGCGAAAUCUGCGCCAUUGUUGCACAAACGAGUGCGAAAUGGCAGGACACAGACAUUCUGGUAGUUUAUCAGGAAUUAUCACAGACUAACAAAAAGAAAUCCGGUAUUAUGUCACGAAUUUUCUCUAACAAUUAUUUACUUGGAAAUAUAUAUACAUGUAUAUCCCUUUACAGGAGUUAACAUUGAAAUAUACGCGUGGUAUUGAUGGGGUUCUGAAGGUGAUUGUGUAUUGAUAGCAUUAGUAUUGAUUGUAAAUGGGCAAGAGCACGUCCUUCUCUUUACUUGAUGUUCGGGGUUUGGUAGAAACAUUGGUUGAAAGAUGCACAAAUUAUAAUUGUUUGUGUUAAAGUACAGUAUUGUUUAAGUUUUAAUAAAAUGUAGUAUUGGUGCUAAAUGAGUAUAUGCACCCAAAGUGUAAAGGACUGUUAGAACUAAUACAGUAUAUAGAUUUGUUAUAAUGUGAUAUUGCAUGUUUAUGGAUGUAGGUUAUUCUGUGUAUAGCCAGUGUUAAAUUUAGUAUUAUCUAAUAAAAUGCAGACUGUACAGUAUAUGUUGAUAAUUCUAUUCAUGCAAUUAAACUGAAUCUAAAAAAUACGUUUAAA